UUUCAUCAUAUCUAAAGAAAAUCACAGCCACUGCAUCAGCUUGAACGCAAAACCUCGAAUCUUAUAGAUGCUGUGAGAGCGCUAAUGACUGCUGGCGACAGAUCUACGCUUGCUUGAUAAUGAUUCUGAAGCCGAAGAUGGGUGACACAAUAAGAAGACUUUUCGUUUUAAAUUUGGUAGUAGCCGUUACAUCGGCAGAUUUCACUGAGAAUUGUCCCGACGAAUGCAAAUGCGUUUGGGCAGGUGGUAACAAACAAGUGGACUGUUCUCACGCACAUUUCGACUCAGUACCAAAAAAUAUAAGCACAGACAUUCAAACCCUUAACCUUUCUGGAAACCCAAUACAUGAAAUUUCAAAAGAAGCUUUCGCAGAAGUUGGACAAGUUAAUUUGAAGAAGUUAUUUUUAAGCAAUUGUCAAUUGGAAGUAAUACAUAAACAAGGCUUGAAAGGUUUGGCUAUUAUGAUUGAGUUGGACUUAUCAUUUAACAAUUUGACUUCUCUUCAUCGAGACACUUUUGAUCCUAUCGAGAAAAUUAGAUGGAUAUUUCUCAACGAUAAUCGAAUUGAGAAAUUAGAAGACGGAUUGUUUAAGAAUCUACCUUUCCUCCAAAGGCUUUAUUUGAGCAAUAAUCGGAUUGUACAAAUUGGCGUAAAAACAUUCAUGAAUGUUCCCAAAUUUACUGAUUUGAGAUUGGAUAGUAACAAACUGGAACAUUUGAAGGUAGAUGUUUUGAAUACGUUAUCCCUAACUAAUUUGGAUCUUCAUGAUAAUCCUUGGCGUUGUGAUUGUUAUUUAGCGCCAUUGAGAAAUUGGUUUAUUACCAAGAAUUUACACCGAGUACCCAUUGUCUGCGCUGAACCACCUAAACUUCAUAAGACCGAUUGGAAGAACUUAAGCACCAGUGACUUUGCAUGUAUGCCGAAUAUAGUCUAUCCAUCCACCAGUACAACUCUAAGAUCUUCAGAUACAAACAUUACAUUGUCUUGUCAAGUCGAUGGCAACCCGCUACCAGAAGUGCAUUGGGUAUUCGACGGUCAGAUUAUAGAUAGUCGGUACACGGGCGCAAAGAAAUAUUUAAUAAGUGAAAGCGCCACAGAGAACUCUAAAUGGUUAAAUGUAACGAUUGUGGACACAGGCGUUUCUGAUAAUGGAGACUACUCCUGCGUUGCGAAAAACACAGGCGGAGUAGAUGAGAGAAUGGUUGUAUUAGCUGUAGCACAUAAUACACCUGGCAUUGUGGUACCAACUGGAAUGGACAAUAAUAUGUUGCCAGUAUUAAUUGGAGUCUCUUGUACUGCCGCUAUUUUACUCAUCAUACUUGUUAUAUUUUGUUGGUGUUGCUGUCGACGACGAAAUUCGGAGAAAAAGGGGGAUGCUUCAAAUGGAGAAGCUUUGAUCGAAGGAUCAGUGAUACCAGAAAUGGAAAAGAGUUUAAUUACUGCGGUGAAUCCAGUUACAAAACCGCCAAGACGAUACGAUGUUCCCCCAUUGAUUACUAGUUCGGGGACCGAAAUGUCGGAGCUGAACAAGACAUUGCUGGACAAUGAUUCUGUUUUUGCUCACAAUGACGACGAAAGGCGGUCUUUGGACUACGAACAUCAGAAAAGAUCUCAAGAUGCGCUCAAUGUUGAGUAUGGACGUGUUGAUGGAAGAGCGUAUCCACCCGACUUGUUAUCAUUCCCGGCGAGAGCCGCACAGAUAUCCCCAGCAGCGAGUAAUGCUUCAACAGUACCUGAUACAACAAGACUACCGCUACAAGUGAAUCCAGUUAGCCCCAUUCAUUCCCCCAUCUACGGAAUGACCAAUCAGAAUUUGUUCAGAACGCUGCCAUAUUCAAGAUCUCAGUCUCCUUUCACAGCACCUAUCACUCCACCGGUCAUAACUCCAAGGCAGGGAUAUGUAACUAUACCUAGACGACCAAGGGUACCCAGUUGGUCUAGUACAGCGAGCACACAAAUUCUACCAAGCACAGAGGCCCAGGAACCGUUGUACGAUAAUCUGGGUUUGCGAACGACCGCUGACGGCAGCUCGGUUCUAUCUUUGAACAAGGCUGGAUUGGAGGCUCAGUUCUCUCCGAUGAAGAAUAGACCUUUGCCUGCAACCCCGCCAGUAUAUCAACCACCUCAUCCAGUUUUUUAUGCACCCAUAGAGGAACAAGAGCCUGCACCUUCUCCUGUACCAAAAAGUCCUCAGUAUGUGGGCAAUCAAAGAAACAGCGUCACAUCUCAGCUAUCAACGCCUGGCCCUCAGGAACCCGUGAGCAGGAUGAGUUGGACUGCAAAGAAUACUUCAACUCCUCAGCAUGAGCCUCGAAAGCCGCUGUUCUCAGAUAGAAGUGAUACUCAGUCACAAGCUUCCGACAGUAGUACUUUGAGUCGGAAAGGCAAACCCGAAACUGGAUCUUUAAGAAGACUACCUAAAGCGGAAAACGAAGAGAUGAAGUCACCAUCGAAAGAAGGUGAAAGAAAAAACGAAAGCGUUGCACCCCCUAAUCAAUCAGGUACAUUAGGAAGAAGCGGGAAGAUUCCUCCCAGACCCCCGCCGAAACCUAAGAAAAAGCCUAAUCCUGAAUUGAAUAAUACUACAGAACCUUUGUUUGAGGACGAAGGUGAAGAUGGUACAGAAGUGUAGUGAUAACUCUGCAGUACAGUGAGUACUACCAAAGUGCCAAUGAGCUUGUAGUGAAUAAACAAAGUGAUAUCAGUGACAGACGAAAGUAAAGAACAAAAAUAAUAUGAAUUUUAAUCAUUUGUUUCGCGGUGCUCGUGUAAAUAAAUAACGUGUGUGCUAGAUUUUUUACCUACCUACGUACAAGAUAAAUCAUUAUGGACCAUUUUGUAAAAUUGUAAGCUCUAGUUUUACACCAUGAGUUUGUACACGAUAUGUUACAUAUUUUAAGUAUUUAUUUGUUAUCAUCAGGUAGCUAUUGAAUUUGCUUGCCAGUGUAGGGGCAUCUUUUCAUCCAUUUUCAAGACU